GAUUCAUCUGCAAACCCUCAAAUUCCACCUGCUUAGCUUUUCAUCAUUUAGGUCUUUUGAGUGCCACGCUUAGGAAGAAGGGGGAUCAUCACUUCUGCUUGAGCUGACCACUCAGAUUCUGAUAAUGCUUCUCUGACACUCUGGAUUACUGUAUUUCCAUUUAGCUCAGGUCAGAUAGAGCCACUUCUGAGUGGACGGGACACGCUUCAAAAUUACAAGAAAGGAAGAUUUAUACAAACAAUUCAAAUCAUCCAGACUCCACCUGCAAGCUGAGUUAGUAACAUAAACCAAACACUCACAUACACACUUCUCCAGGGAUGAUGAUGUACUCUCGUUUGCGCUCCUCACUCCCUCGCCUCUUGUCGCCGAGGCUGCUGGGUACUGACGCCUCCAGGACAGCGGCUGCCAGGAAACCCGACCUUCUCUCAGUGACUCUGGCCUUUGAGGAUCCCAGUGCCUUCAGGGUGAAGAGUUGGGGAGAGCUGCUCCGGGGUCUGGGCAUCUUCCGCCUCUGCUCCUUCCCUGUGCUGGUUAACAACUGUGGGAAGCUAAUGUCCAUAACACGCACCCUCCUGGGGAGGAGGGGGUUUUCCUUGCUAUUGCGGCCCACUGUGUAUGCUCAGUUUGUGGCUGGAGAGAAUGAGAGAGAGAUCUCUCAGUCCAUGGAGAAGAUGAGCUUGCUGGGGCUGAGGCCCAUGCUGGCAGUACCUAUUGAGGAGGAUCUUGGAGAAAGCACCGGAGAGAAGAGAUAUGACGACAACAUGUCGGCCAUGCUGGAAUGUGUGCAAAUGUCCCACAGCAACGCCUGGAGCAAAGACCCAAUGAUGCAGCUGAAGAUCACAGCCCUGCUCAGCCCGGAGCUGUGUGUGAAACUCACAACCCUCAUUGCACAACAACCAUAUGACCUGAGUCUCCUUGUGAGAGCCAUGGAUGGAGAGCCAAUCAACUUCCCUGGUUUAGAUGAAAGUGAGGCCGCCCACUUUCUCUGUGGUCUGCAGAGGCUCAACAAAAUAGCAGAGGCUAGUGUAAACAAAGUCAGAGUCCUGGUUGAUGCAGAGUACACCUACAUGAACCCCGCCCUCUCUCUUGUCACCAUGGCAAUGAUGAAGAAGUUUAACAAAGAUGGUGCCUGGAUUUGGAACACAUAUCAGUGCUACCUGAAGGAAUCUAGGUCCCUCCUGUUAGAAGCUCUGCAUCUGUCCAAGAAUGAAGGUUUCUGUCUGGGAGUCAAGCUGGUACGAGGAGCCUACAUGGACAAAGAGAGGAAGCUGGCAGAGAAAGAGGGUCGUCUGGACCCCAUCCACCAGUGUUGGGAGGACACCAAUGACAGUUAUAAUGGCUCGCUGGAUGUGAUGCUGGAAGACAUAUCCCAGAAACCUGAGAGCUACAGGAUCAUAGUUGCCACUCACAACGAGCAGUCAGUGAGACAUGCUGCCAAACGGAUGGAAGAGUUGGGGAUAGACAAAGAUGGAGGUUCAGUGUGUUUCGGCCAGCUGCUGGGAAUGUGUGAUCACGUCUCCCUCACGCUUGCUAAGGAGGGUUAUGCCGUAUACAAGUCAGUGCCGUACGGCUCAGUGGAUGACACGCUCCCCUACCUGGUGCGUCGGGCUCAGGAGAAUCGCACCGUGUUGCAGGGAAUCCGCAAAGAGAGGGACCUACUGAAGAAAGAGCUCAGGCGGAGACUCGGCCUGAGUCCAAGGGGAGGAAGCAAGUUAGUCUUUGCCUGAGUCUCACUGAUGUUUGGCUGAUCUCACCGAUUUACCUUUCACCUUGUGGAGGUUUGCUGAAUAUCACUAAAUACAUCACCAUAAAAGUAAAAAAACUGUUCCUUUAGUUUGUAUCUUCAUUAAAAUACUGAGAAUCGUUAUCCUGAAUGGAUUAUGUACUGUCCCCUACAUUGAGGAUCAGGAUUUGAUGCCCUGGAGAACAUCCACCAGAUGAUCCAAGUUUCUAAUGCAAGGAAAACUGAAGGUAUUAUAGUUAUGGAAAAUCUAGUUCAGAAUGAUACCCUUCUGUGUUUUUUGUAUCUUCAAUAUUGGGAUUCAUCAAAAGGAGCCUGUCUUUUGAUACUUAGAAAUUCAUUAAUUAAUAAAUGCACAGAC